AUUGGUUUUAUUCAUUAAUAGAUAUCUAUCAUCACAUACAGUACCAUAACAGCAAUCUAAAUUUUAAAUCCUCAUCCCCCCCCCUUUAAAGUUACUAAAAAAAAGAUAAUCAAAGUAAACUAAGCAAUACAAUCAAAUACAGCCGACUCUCGAUAAUUCAAACAUUCGAUAAUUCAAAACUCUUGGUAAUUCGAACGAAAAGGCCGGCCCCUCGAAAAACUCUUGCUAUUUCGAAAUUUUUCAAUGCAUUUUGAUACACUUGGUAUUUCGAACUUACCGCAGAGGACAGACUAAUUUUGAACACGCAGUAAUUCGAAGUCUUGUCGGCGGAACUCUCUAUAAUUCGAAAUGACGUAAACGAAUUGAGGUUAGGCCGAUACAGAACACGCAGUAAUUCGAAGUUCACUCGACAGAACUCUUUGUAAUUCAAAUUGAGAGUCGGCCGGUGGGAAACACGCAUUUCAACUUAUUCCUGUCAUAACAAGAAACUUUGCAUCCUGUGUCCCAGAGCAUACUCUUUGCAGUGUUGGUUAUGUUUGCGCCGUGUUGUGUGGAAGUCGUGUUUGUUGUGUGUAAGAAGUGUUUGUCGUGAUGGCUACUAAGCAAAAAUAUAAAUGUCUUUCUCUUUCGGAAAAGAAAGAAGUAAUCGCGGCGGUAGAAAGUGGUAAAGCGAAGUCGGAAGUUGCAAAAACAUUUCAAAUCCCUGCGAGUACCUUGUCUACCAUUCUAAAAAAUAAACAAAAAAUAGUUGAAGUGAGUUCCGUAGCAGGAAGAAAAAGAACGACAAAAGGUGAAUAUCCUAGAUUAGAAGACUGUUUAGUCACAUGGCUUAGACAGUGUAGAGAUAAAAAUGUUCCUGUUGGAGGUUCGCUUUUAAAAGAAAAGGCAAAGGCAUAUGCUAAAGAGCUUGACAUCCCCAGCUUUGCAGCAAGCGAAGGCUGGUUGACUAAUUUCAAAAAACGUAAUGAUAUAUUUUUUAAAAAGGUUUGUGGGGAAAGCACUAGCAUUAGCGACAGUGUGUGUUCCGAUUGGCGUGCAGAGUUGUCCAGCUUAACAGAAAGUUAUGAACCACACAACAUUUUUAACACCGACGUGACCGGCUUAUUCUUUAAUUGCAUGCCGGACAAGACAUUUACAUUUAAAGACGAGAAAUGCCACGGAGGGAAACAUAGUAAGGAAAGGUUAACUCUUCUGUUGACUGUUAACAUGGAUGGUUCCGAAAAAUUGAAGCCCCUCCUCAUCGGGAAAGCAGCAAAACCUAGGUGUUUUAAAGGUAUCCAGUCAUUUCCCGUAACCUACCGCUCGAACAAAAAGGCGUGGAUGACAACGGAGUUGUUUAACGAGUGGUUAAAUUCAUUGAACAGCGACAUGAAAAAGCAAAAUCGUGAAAUCCUCUUAUUCCUUGAUAACUGCUCAGUUCAUAACAACCCUCCAAAUCUCUCGAAUGUGAAACUUCACUUUUUUCCACCAAAUACAACAUCCAAGUUGCAGCCUCUAGACCAAGGCAUAAUUCAAAACUUCAAAGCAUUUUACAGACAUGAAAUAGUCAAGAUUGUACUGGAUUGA